GGAAACUUCGCGAGCUCGGUGUCGAACGGCACUUUAUUACUAUUUACUGCUUUUCUGUUCAAUUGUUAACUAAAGGAUCAACAAAAUGUCCAAUCAAACGGCAAAACCAGUCAGAUCCUCUUUAAGAGUCACUCCAUCAUCACGAAUGAUACCACAGUCAGGAUCCGGAACACUCCGUGUAAACCAAAGCUUCAUAAAAAGGAAUGUCCAUGGGUCUAUGAGCCGCAGGAGCUUCAGUUUAGCAAGAGACAGUAGAGUUCUUGAUAAAAGCCAUGUUCAAGCCCCCAAACACACUGUACAGGUGUUUGACGAAACAGGGAAGGAUGUCACUCCUAAGCCUCUGUACAGGCCGGAACCCGGAGCCAUGCAAAAGAAACAGAGCAAAAUAUUAGCACGACAUGACGCAUCAGAAGUGACCAUCUCUGACUUUUUGUCCACAGCGUUCCACACAAUGAGUUCAAGCUCUGUAGGACCCUUUACCAUGUCUGCCUUCGGGAGCAGUGUAGUGUCAAGUGUGAGUUGCUCUACGAUUGCAUCUUUGGGCGAAGAACUUGAGGAGCCUACUAUAAAAGAAGAAACUUUGAUUAGUCUCCCAGAACCAAAGACGAAGAUAGAGGAGGAGAUCACCGAGGAUAUGCUGGACAUUCCAGUGGUUAUUAACCUCACUGAAACAGAGAACAUGUGCUUCCUGGAUAUUCCUGCAGUGUGUGUAUCUGUUGACUCAGAAGAGGCUGAAGCAGUCAAGACGAGGAACAAGGCUUAUACAGAACUUUGCAAGAGCAGAGAGGGAAAUGAUCUAUAUAUGGAGCGAGCUAUGCAGACAUUUAACGCAGCCUCUAAAUCUAAAGAAGCGCAGAGCGAUCAAAUCAUCAUGGUGGAAAAAGGUUCCAUGGCCACCAGUUGGGACAUCUACGACUUGUGGUUUAACAGCAACGGGGCAGAAGAGUCAGGAAGUAUUACAGAUGAUGUGAAAACCAGCAUCCUAGAUGUCGCCUCCACCCCUCAAUUAGAGUCAGAUGGAGGUUUCAAGAGAGCCAUGUCCAUACUCAGUUCCACCAGCACAGCCAGUACCACUAGCACUCAAAGAGAGAUAGUGGCUUCCACAGCUAAGGUGGUGGAAGAGCCUGACUCAGAGCGGAUCCUGUACUCAGAGAACUUCCUACAGUCUCUGAAGGUGAUGGAGAAAACGGUUCUGCUGAACAUCUACCAACAAAAACUAGCUGCCUACAGAGGGCUGCCCAUCCUGUCAGAUCCAGACUAUGAACCAAACUUGGUUGAAGAGGAUGAAGUCGAGGUUAAGGAAGAGGAUUCGCUCAGCCCAGCUCUGGAGCUCCUCUGGGCCUUCAGCUGUGAGCUAACCAAGGCCCACAGUGUGAGCUGCAUGACCUGGAACAAGAACAAUCCAGACAUUCUGGCCGUGGGAUAUGGACAGUUUGAAUUCAAGGAUCAGGCCUCUGGACUGGUCUGCAUCUGGUCUCUGAAGAAUCCUACUUGGCCUGAGCGGAUUUUCCAUUGUCACACCAGUGUAACAUCACUGGACUUCUCAGCUUCAAAUCCCAGUCAGAUAGCAGUGGGCCUAUAUGAUGGUACCAUUGCUAUCUACAGCAUGCAGAGCACUGAGGCAAUGCUGGUCUGUGACAGCAGGGACUGUGCCCAAAAACACACAGCAGCAGCGUGGCAGGUAAAGUGGAUCGAUCGCAUACAGAGUCAAUCAGAAGAAGAUAAAAGAGAGACGCUGUUCUCUGUGUCAGCUGAUGGGAGGGUCAGUGAAUGGUUUCCUCAUCAAGGCCUUGAAUGCACUGAUAUGCUGAAGCUGAAGAGGAUAAGGAAUGAAAAAACAGAGAAAUCGUGGAAGCAGGAUCCAUUGACCUCUCGCUGGGCCGUUGGACUCUGCCUUGAAUUUCACCCCAAGGAUUCCAAUAUGUAUUUGGUGGGAACCGAAGAAGGACACAUUCAUGAAUGUUCCUGUUCACACAAUGAGCACUUCUUGGAGACCUACACACAUCACCUGGGUGCCGUUUAUAAGGUCACACGGUCACCGUUUUGUCCAGAUGUCUUCCUCAGUUGUUCUGCUGACUGGACCAUUCAGCUUUGGUCAGAGGGACACUUUACUCCAGUGCUGAGCAUCACUUCCCUCAAGAAACCUGUGUAUGAUAUCAUGUGGUCCUAUCGCUGGGCUACUGUGUUUGGGGCGGUUAAUAAGGACAGAGUAGAAAUCUGGGAUCUGGGAGCUAGCCGUGUAAAUCCAACUUUAGUAAGUGAGCCCAUUCCUGGGGUGAGACCAACCACUCUGCUAUUUGCCAUGAAGACAGAUUGUGUUCUAGUAGGGGACAGUGAGGGCCAAGUCAACGUCUACAAGCUGAAGAACUUCACAGCAGGAGACGGAACAGAGGUGGACAGACUGGAGGAGAUAGUCAGCUCUUCACUCUACUGACAGCUGUGACAGAGAGAAA